AUGCUUUUCGAGGGGCAGUUGAUGCUGGGGAGGACCCGGUCGAAGACCCGGGCGUUGCGGGGGUCGCGCUGCAAGCUGAGCAGUUGUCGGGCGGGGAAACAAGAGAAGAACCUGGCGAUGGGGUCGUCCACCAGCGGCAGUACCCCCGAGCGCCAGGCCAUCACAGCGGAGAAGCCUAAGCCCGGCCCGCAGGCGUCUCUGCGCGGCAUCCAGGCCGAGACGUGCCACUCUCUGGUGAAGGUGUGGGCCCGCAAACACUCCGGGCUGCUCUUGUUCGGCGUCUGGGUCCUGCUGCUGCUGCUGUGCUACUACUACCUGAGUGCCAGUGAGUGCCGCCCGGGGUACACCGGGCGAGGGCCCCUCAGGGGGACGGGAGGCUUUUCUUAAGGGUUCUCGAAUUCUGUGUCUCCAAGUGAAUAUAUUCUGUGGAGCAAUGAAAAUGCUAAUGGACAACCUCUGGAAGAAACUGCUGCCUGGGAAGCUCUGUUAAGUUUUUUCUUUCCAACAACCUGCAUUCCAAAGGAGAAUCAGGUGGUAAAGCCUUGCAAUCACCUGCAAGAUCUUAGCAAAAGUCAAUGUUUGGGAUACAAAUGCUGUUAUUCGUCAUCUAGGACCAGUAACUUCAACUGUUUUGCCCCGCUAAAAGACAAGCCUACGCAGAUGUUCCGGAUGUUUGGGCUUGGUGUGAUCAGCAUGAUCAUCCUGGGAUGUCUGCCCAUUUAUUGCUGCUUGUUUUGCCAGAGGAGCACAUGGGCCAAUCCUUUACGAAGGAAAGUCAACAGAAUUUUAAAGGGUUUGAAGAACCGAAGAAGGAAACUAAAGAGGAAUGCUGAAACGUUAGGGAAAGCAACGGAUGAGGAAGGAUUAGGUGAUGAAAAGGAGCAGGAGACCAAAGUUGUACCCCCCAACCCGCCCCGCCCAAGUAUAACCUGA